AACGAUUGAUAUAUUGUUAAAAGCGAUUAGAGUUGGAACAUUACCCAUAGAUUAACUAAUACUUCACGGCAAGUGUAACAUGUUAAUUUAUGCUUAUCAAAGUCUAGGCACUAUAUAUUUUACCCUUAUUUUUUUACUGCUUUCAGAAAAAUAGAGCUUUUUUUGCUUUCUGGAUUUCACGUAAAUCUUGAAAAUGAAAUUAACAAUAUUAAUUCUCCUUUGCUUUUUAAACGGCUCGUUUCUGCAAGAGGUACUUUUACCAGAUGCUAAUGAAUGCGAUUGCCAAAUGGAGAAGCAAUUUUGCUCCAGAAGCGGAGAGAGAGUAUACGGAGUAUACUGGGGUAGAACUGAAAGAUGUAACGGUUACAAUGAUUGUGGGGACUGGAGCGACGAAAGAAACUGUAGCGAUGUCUGUGAAUUUUACAACGAAACGACCUGCGCGUGCCAUCUAAACGGAUCAUGCGACAGAAGUAACUUGAUUUACUUUUGGCCGUGUUAUAGUGAAAGGGAUAGAUGCGAUGGGAAAAACCAUUGCGGGGACUGGAGUGAUGAACAGAAUUGCGAAUCUACUUGUGCAAGUAACGAAUACGAGUGUGACUGUCAUAAAAAUGGAGGUACAUGCUCAACGUUUGGACGAUAUAAUAAACAGUGCUAUAAGGAUAGGCAUAUAUGUGACGAGGAUCGAGACUGUGAAGACUUUUCUGAUGAAACUAACUGCACUUGUGGUAGGGACAGCGUAAAAUGCGGAUGUAUACUUAACCCUAACAACUGUACAUCGAAUCUUGGGUGCGUUGCAAUUAAAGACCUUUUCGAUGGCGAGCAGCAUUGUAAAGAUUUUUCUGACGAAUCGUGUGAGAUUAUAGAAGUGAACACACGAAGAUACGUUCCCUAUUAUAACGAUGAAGUACAGAAAGAAGUUGCAACUACAAGUUUUUUCCUGUGCAAUAAAUCAAACUAUGAUUACAUUUUGGAGCUAAACAAAACGCGGCCUAAUAAGAGGAGCUGUGAUCAGAUUGACUUCUAUUCAUCUGACAGCCUCACCUUGACUGAAACUAAAUGGAUAUGUUCCUAUACUUAUCUUCUACAAAACGGCUUCGUUCAAUGUGAAGAUAAGGGUUGGGUUAUUGGUCCGAAUUUGUGCAAUGGCUUUUCUGAUUGCGCAGACGGCACAGACGAACUGUAUGAUGUUCCUGGCUUCAAAUGUAGAGCAGUGAAUGAUUAUCAGCAGCAUAAACAGUCGUGUGUUCUUCCACAAAAGAACCUUCGCAAUAACAACUCGUAUUGUGAAGACAAAUCAGACAUUUGUUAUGUCGACGGAAAGCUAAAAUGCUUUCAGUGCUUGGAUGGGAAACUGCUGUUAUCUCCCAUGCAAGUUUGCGAUGGUGUUGUAGACUGUUAUGAUGUAUCUGACGAAUGCUUAUGCGAGGACCAGACGCUCUGUAAAGAAGUUUUGGGAGAUUCGAAAAAGUUAUGCUCGACUGGGCAGAUAUUGUGCAACGGCGAGUGCCUUCCAAGCGAACAGGUUACUUGCAAUAAGUCGCUCAAUUGUGAUGGAGGAUCAAACACGAAGUACUGCAACAAACCGAAUGCUAAUAACACAGUUGCACGAACCGGUACCGGUCAUAUUUUCUGUCCGACUGACAGGCUCUUUACGAUCUAUAAAAACGCUACCAUGUGUGACGGGAUUCCUGAAUGUUACGAUCGAGCUGAUGAAUGCGACGCCGGCUGUCCGAAUCAGACGCAUUUUUGCGACGUUCCUUUAAGGUGUCACCAGCGUCAAGCGUCUGCAGUAUGGGAAAAGCGUGGUCAGUUAUUUCUACACAAAAGGGAAUACUGCGACGGUAUCCCUUUAGCCUUUGUACCCCUCUGUAACACGGGAUUUGAUGAAACUUACUGCCAGGGUCGUUAUUAUUGCCAUAACAAAACCGAUUUACUGUUUAGCAUUGGAAAUUUAUUUCUAUGUGACGGUGUACCAGAUUGUACUGAUGGAUCGGACGAAUGGGAGUCCGUAUGUUCAGCUUCUCGCUUUUACUGCAAGAGCAAACAACCACUUUCAAUUGCACGAGACCGCGUGGAAAACGGUAUCAAAGACUGCAGUGAUGGUAGCGAUGAAUGCCCGCCUGUCAGCUCAAGAAAUCUUGUGUUUUCAUCCCCAUUUGAAAUGAUCGGGAGUACAUGGUUUAGGGUUAUUUUCUGGAUAAUGGGUUUUGUAGCGCUACUCGGAAACAUUGUAGUUUUUACAGCUUCAGUUCUAGAGCUAAAGUCCAGCGCGCAUACGGAGCCGGUUAAGUCAUCGUUCCUUACGUUUCUAAUAAAUCUCUCUAUCUCUGAUUCGCUCAUGGGAAUUUAUCUCUUGGCAAUAUCUGGAGUAGGAGUCCAGUUUUCCGGCAGUUACUGUCACCAUGACGCACAAUGGAGAAGCAGUAGACUUUGUUCUUUCCUGGGAACGCUUGUGGUUAUUUCAACCGAAGUAUCAGCGCUUAUAAUGGCGACAAUGGCUACCUUUCGACUUGUCUCUGUUUAUUUCCCUAUUAAGAUGAAAAACGUGAAAAAACACAGCUACAUUAUCCCAUCUAUUUGUGCUUGGAUGAUUGGCAUUUUGUUGGCUUGUAUUCCAUCUAUGGGCAAAACAGGCUACUUCGUAAAUACGCUGUGGUUCCCAAACUACUUUUUCGCGAAACAGGAGGUUCCUAAAGGUAAAGUGGUUUGGCUUGCCGACAGAGCAUCACAAUUUGUGGCGAAUGCAACAGUACCUAAAGAUUGGAUUCAAGUUAAGGAAACGGUGACCGAAGUAUUCGCGGGGCUGGAAAUAAAAGGCGAGUUCGGAUACUUCAGCGCUACAAGCGUGUGUAUGCCGAAGCUGUUUGUGAAAACCAAAGACGACGAUGCAUGGGAAUACUCAACCUUUCUUAUCGUCUUUAACUUUAUCUUGUUUAUCUACAUCGCCCUAACCUACGGAUGCUUAAUUCUUAGAAGUAAAAAAGUCUUGAAGGGAAGUAAUAAGAAGUCCAAGAAGCUGCUACAAACCGUUUACAAAAUGAUCUUGUCAAAUUUUUGUUGUUGGAUCCCAAUUUGCAUUAUGGCUUUCAUCAGUUUAUCUGGUGUAAAACUUAACAACAUUGUGUAUGUUGUAAGUGCAGGGAUAUUACUUCCCAUAAACAGUGUGUUAAAUCCCAUCAUAUAUUCUAAAGUCGCACUAGCUACCAUUCGAAAGUUAUGGGAAAAACAACUAAGUUCCGUAAACAUGUAAUAACCCUAAAUACUAAUCGGUUAACGACAUCCUGCAUUCGAACAAGCCCAGCAUUUUUUCUCCUUAGGCCUAAGUGUUUUCGGUUUCACUUUUUACAUUCAUGAGUGUUUUAUGAAAUGUGAGUUGUUGACAUGAUUUUUCAUAAUUAGCUAUUCAGCUGGCAAAAGUCCGACCCGUAACCCACAGUGUAUAUUGUCUACCUCUUAUCAUUGGUUCAAAAUUUUCGAGAUGAAAUAACUAGUGUUGGUAAUAUUACCCUCACUCCGAGGCUGUGAUUAGCGCGCCAGUCUCUUGCCCUGAAGAUAU